CUUCACAGAGUCUUCGUUACAAUUAACUAUGACAAGCUGUCAGCCGUAAAAACAGUGUCUAUAGGAAAAGUGUGAAAGAAAUCAGUGAAUAGUUUGUGGGUGUUUUGUGUACGUGCAUUUACCGUAUUAUAUCCAAUAACUUUGCGGCUUUUCAAAGUGCUCGCUUCGGUAUUCGUUUUCCCCGCACCCAAGCCGCAUUUGCGACGCCGCUUGGAAAAUGUCGCUGGAUGGCGGCAGGUUGCGCUACGAGGACGAAAAUGGUAAAACCGUGGUUCUGGCAGCCAAAGGGCGCACCUUCCAGGUGGGCUCCUAUUACAAUUGCGACCUCAUCCUGGAGGGGCCAGAGGAAGAGCGUCUAAUUUGCGAGAUUAACUGCGAUGCCUUCGGCAGGGUCAUCAUAUACAACAAGUCCAGCGGAGAUCCCAUUCAUCUCAACGACGUGGCCAUCCAUGCUUCAGGCAAGCGUCCUUUGCUACACGGUGGCAAGAUUACCAUUCGAGAGAAGGUCUACACUUGGGAGUUCCCGAAGUGCUCCGAGGUGCAGGAAGCCCCAUGCACCCCAGAACGCCUAUUGCCCAAAGAACAAGCGUCAAACUCCUGCCCUUCAUUGAAGCAAUCGCAUCGUCUACAAGCCGAAAAACGCCUGACAGUUCACAAUUUUCACUAUAGCAUCAAUUCGGACGACGAAGGAAAUACUUCUAUAGAGUCUCGUGAUCAGAGUGAGUCUCACUUGGAGGAUGUCUCACUGAAUGAAUCCAUUCAACACAGCACAGAGAAGACAGCUUACGAGUCCCCCAAAGUAAAUCUUCUAGAGGCUACGCAGAAUAAGGAGAAUACCGCAACGCCACCAGGUAGCCACCAGAAGCUACUAAAGCUGUGCGCCAUCUCCGACGUGGUUAUUACCUCUUAUUCGCCGCGCGAGACUGGCGUUAAGACCGAGAAAUCCUUUUCAUGUGUGCGAAAACCUGGCUACACCACAACGUCUCUGGCAGUUUCCACGCCUAAGAGCAUAUACAGCACCCCCAAGGGCAAUGUGCUCUCUGAACUAAACGAAGACAGCUGCAGCCGAGAUCUAAUGGACUUCAGCACGCCAUCCACCUCAAAGAAGACCAAGCGGGAUUCGUCUAUGUUCCUGAUAGACCUGACCACCCCAUCAAAGCUACGACAAACACCCAAACAUUCGCAUGCAUCCAAGCUCACACCCAAACAGACGCCUAUCAGUGUAGACAGCACCGACGAAUCAUCAGAUGCAUCCCCAUUAGUCAUUGACAUAACUAACUCUGACACACCGCCAUCACCAAGCCCUUCGCAACGGUAUAAAACUCCUCAGCGUCCGGCUGGUAUCACCACACCCAAUAGAACGCCCCAUUCCCUGAUGAAACGAGCUAUGCUUACCAGCAUUAAAAAGCAGAUCGCCGCCAACCAACCAGAUAAGAAUACCCCCAUAGCCACCCCCAAGCGGACAUCUCUUCUGGAGGCUCGUCGCCACUGCCUGACUACGCCUCGGCGUUUGCCAUUCCAUCCACAUCGGCGUACGCCAGUCCAGCGAGAAGGGCAUACGAGUGGAAACGCACCCAAGACCUCGCCACGCAAACGUAUGUCACUAAUGGAGUCUCCCAGAGAGAACAAGGUCUCCCAGCUCAGAAAGUCGUUUGCGGCUGCCAAGCGUAGUCCCGGCGUUGACAAGAGCAACAAGCUCGUAGCCAAGGCACGUCGUUCGCUUAACUCGCCGAAAAGUGGCUCCCCUAAGCCUGGAUCAUCUAAGCCGUCAUCGCCAUGUCAAAAAAAAACAAUCGAUGUCUCCCAGAUCAAGAGUUCCACUCCGGAAAAACCGGACGAUUCUCAGGAUGAGCUGAGCCGCACGUUCACUAUAAUGCAUGAUACCCAAGGAAAGGAUCAGAGUGGCGCAGCAAUGGCAAUUGAAGCGGUUACUGUUCUCAUCCCUGGGGAAGUAGACGAUGAUGUAUCCUUUCAGCUGAGUUCCCUAAUUGAAAAGAGGCUUCCGUCAGUGAGCUCAGAAGAGCCUACACCUAUCCGAGACAAAGUUGAGCCGAUCGGGACAGAAUCAGAUGUGGAAGGCAAGUUAAAAUCUGCACAAGAAGAUGUGAAUCCUAAGCCAGAUGCGGCCGUACUCGACGAGAAUGAAUGUGACAAACAUGAAUUUGAAACCGGCAAAAAUGAAGACGAAUGUAAAGAAAAAGAUGAACUUCCAGUCGGCAAACAACUAGAGAAUGCUAUUAUUGAGGAUAGCAUUUGCGAAGAGGUUCAUGCGAAUAUUCCUCAACAAACUAAGAAUUCUAAUUCUGAGAAAAUAAUCGAGGAAAGUAUUUGCGAAGAGCUGCCAUUGGAGAGUACUACUGGUAAUUCAAAUUCAACUGGAGGGACAUCUCAAAAAGAGAACCAACCAUCUCCAAAUGCAGAAACCCCCGUGGUUCGCAGGAGCUUGCGCCGUCAUUCUGUUGAGCAGAGGGUAGCGUCAACAACGCCACGGAGAAGCACUCGGCGAUCCUCGAUGGAGGCCAGCAGUAAGACAUUACCCGAGAAGGACAACAAGCGUUCUCGCCGUGCAUCCUGUUCAGCAAUGGACAGCCAAGGCGCUGUUACUCCCCGCCGCAAGCGGCGAUUUACGCAAGAAAUGUCCACACCAACGCGCCAAUCGUUGCGUAUUUUGAACACACCCAAGAGGGAACUUCAGAUGGAUGAAUCUGUGGGCGAUAUGGGAGUCAUAUUGGAAGAAGUUGGUUCCGAAGAUGAUAGUAAAUCUGUCAUCGCUGACGACGAAAAUUAUGGCAACGAGCUGCCAGUUGAUGAUAUCGACAAGGUAGAUUUCCACGGCCUACGGGAUUUAUUGAAAACACCAAAAAGCUGCAGCACACCACGCUUUAAAGGGCUAAGGGAACUGAUGCGAACUCCGAAAAUUCCUGCCUCGCCAAUUAUAGGAAAUAUGGCAGAACUAUUAGAAACCUCUGUUGGUAGGACUCCUUUCCACGAUAGAAGAAGCACUGCAGUAUCCCGCAUGGAGCAAGAAAAGCCUCUGGAAAAUGCUCUGAAAACGCCCAGUGCCCGGAAUAUCAUGGUGCCAAAUGAACCAGCUAGCGCAGUGUUAAAGUCUCGCAAGGAUUCUCUGGCGGCAGCCACAGAAUAUGAUCUGAAUGUGACGAACAACACAUUGCAUUUGGACAAGAUUUUCGAGGACGUGCCCGAAACGACUGGGGCCAAUAUGGAAGACACGGAAGAGAUAAAUGUGACAGCGAUCAGCACAGCCACUGGAGUUGAUCCUCUGGAUUCAAUAAAUCAGAACAAAACAGUGGCAUCAGAGGCACUGAUGAAUGUCGGGCAUACAGCCACAGCGAGCGCUUCCCCAAAGGAUCCUCUGACAAGCACCACCUACAAAGCUACCAUGCAUGCCAAUCCCAAUCUUAGCGCCUUUGCAGAUUGCGGCUUCAGGUCUAUUUCGCCCAACACAAACGAGAUGAGUGGAAUUCAGUUGCUGGACCAGACGUCGGACUCAAUGUUUUCCGAAGCACUAGUAGUUUCGGGCGUAGAGUCGUGCGAAGUCACCGUGGAUGAGACGAGACCUUUAGGCCAAACCAAUCCACCUAUUGAUAACAUUGAGGAUCGCUCAGAUACAGACUCAAAUGUCGGCCUUACUGAGCCCUUGGUAUUUAGUGAUGAUGAGGAGGAGCCAAAGAAAUCGGAACCAACUCCCAAACAGUCUGACGGUUCUCAGGAACUAUCUAUAGCCUACAAGCUUGAAGAAUCUGUCAAUCUGACGGAACACAACACUGUCGAUGAGAAUUCAAGGAAAGUCGAAACGGGUGCUAUCAGUGAAAUUUCACUAAUUGAAGUGGAAGAUACCACAAUUGAGGGAAGUACUUGCGACCAAAAUCUCGAAGGUGGCAAACUUCAAGAAGAGAAAAGUCUAGAUAUCCCAUCAGUUAAUUCUGAUGAAAAUAUUGAAUCUGCAGUGGUGGAAUUGACGAUCGUAGAGUCAGAGAUAUUUCCUUUAGACACAACAGCGGAUAGUUCGAUCAAUUCUACUAAUGUCAUUGACAGUAGUGUGGAAGAAACUAUACCUGACCAAAAUCUCGAAGGUGACAAACUUCAAGAAGAGAAAAGUCUAGAUAUCCCACCAGUUAAUUCUGAUGAAAAUAUUGAAUCUGCAGUGGUGGAAUUGACGAUCGUAGAGUCAGAGAUAUUUCCUUUAGACACAACAGCGGAUAGUUCGAUCAAUUCUACUAAUGUCAUUGACAGUAGUGUGGAAGAAACUAUACCUGACCAAAAUCUCGAAGGUGACAAACUUCAAGAAGAGAAAAGUCUAGAUAUCCCACCAGUUAAUUCUGAUGAAAAUAUUGAAUCUGUAGGGGUGGAAUUGACGAUCCUAGAGUCAGAGAUAUUUCCUUUAGACACAACAGCGGAUAGUUCGAUUAAUUCUACUAAUCUUCUUGACAGUAGUGUGGGAAAAACUAUACCUGACCAAAAUCUCGAAGGGGACAAACUACAAGAAGAGAAAAGUCUAGAUAUCCCACCAGUUAAUACUGAUGAAAAUAUUGAAUCUGCAAUGGUGGAAUUGACGAUCCUAGAGUCAGAAAUAUUUUCUUUAGACACAACAGCGGAUAGUUCGAUCAAUUCCACUAAUGUCCUUGACUGUAGUGUGGAAAAAACUAUACCUGACCAUAAUCUUAAUCAAGAAGAUGCCAAGUCCACAAACGAUGCCCAAGACACUUCAGUUACAGAUGAAAAAUCCUCCACUGACUUAUUUCGUUCAGUUGGCGAAGUAUCACCUUCCAAUAAAAGUGAGGUGCAUACAGAUGAACCACCAAUCAUAAUAUCACCUUCUAAAGAACUGGCAAAAGAGGCAAAAUCUGGUGAUGAGCCCACCGACAAAGACACCUCCAAACCAUCUAUUGAGCGCUCUGAAGAACUUUUCGAUAAGCAACCAUUGCAUGAAUCACAUUCCGAUGAACUUGUAAAAGAAACCAACUCCAAUGAGGUCUCAAUUGAUGGCGAAGUCAUUCAACCAGCCAUUGAGACUUUGCCUUUUAUGGAACAAAAACAAGAACCUGAUGUUUCUACUGAUGCGGAAUCUAAUCAACAUUUCAUCGAAAGUUCGCCUCUCAAAGAACUUUCAGAGGAAACCCAACCGCAGAAGGUACACUCUUUAGAUAAUACUAAACAAGAAGUAAAUCCGUAUCCCGUCAAGGAUGUUUUAAAGGAAACAAAAACUGAUGAAUCUAUCCAACCCGUCACCAACAUAUAUCCAACCGAGGAACUUCAAGAAGAAGCUAAACCUGAUGAAUCACCUACUGAAAUUGUUCAAGGAUCCAACGAGACGAAAACUGAUACUAUUAAACCAAUAAUCGAAACAUCAACUGAAAAAGAACCUCCAGUAGAGGCACAUCCUAAUGAGUUGCCUUCUUCUAGUGAAAAGGAUCAAGUAAUUGUCGAAAAGCCAUCUGAUGAAACUAGGACAAUCAUCGAAUCUUCAGGUGAUGAGCUACUUUCAGAAGCAGGAACUGAUGAAGUGCCUGAUUUAAGUAAAAUCGAUCAACUAAUAACUGAAAAGUCACCCGCCGAAGAACCGACUGAGAAAGCAAAACCUGAUGAGACUCAGGAAGUCGUCGAAACAUCACCCGGGGAGAAAGAUCCAAUGGAAGCCAGUACUAAAGAGGAUCCAUCUGUUAGUAAAAUGGAUAAUGUAGUUGUGGAAACUAAUCCUCAAACAGAUGAGCCAAUUCCAUCGGAUGAAAUUAAAAACUGCGGGCCGGUAGAUAUGUGCAUCGAUGAGGUCCCUUUAAGCAAUUCCAGUGCAGCAUUUGAGAUCGAACACUCUAAAAAAGUCGCUAUGACUUCUUUAGACUUAGAUACUUCCGAUAUAAGUAAAGAAAAGGGAAAUAUGGAAGCUUUGCAGAAUGACGUCGCUUGUGUUAAACAGUCUUCUAUAGCGAGCGAUCUUGCUAAUUUAAGCUCAUUAGAAGUAUCAACGAAUUUAUCUCCCAAUACUCGUCUAUGUGGGACAUCAAUGUCACAGGAUGAAAGCGCUCAAAUUGAUGAACAGAAUGAAAACGAUUACGUCGAAGAACACGUCGCAAUGGAGGCAUCAUCAAAUGAAAUUAUCGCUGCUCAUAAAGAGAGUGAUGAGAAAUUUGAAGAAAAUAUACCUGACGACGCCUUGAGCGUUGUUGAACAAAGUUUACAUGAUGAAAAUGCACUAAUUCAUCAAUCUCUAACGGACCAGAAUAAAGAGGUUUCUAUUAUAGAGGAAUCCGAAGCUGUUGUUUCAGAGGAACCUAAGGAAAGCCAACCAAAUCAGGAUUUCAAAACAGAGGUGAUUCAGUUAGAUGCCUCCAUAAUUGUUGAGCAAGAUACACUAGAUGAAGGUACAUCAGUUGGAGAGGAUAAAGAUCAAUCCACAGAAAUGUCCAUGCUUAAAGAACAAACUAAUGCCGACCAAAUAAUAGAUGUUAACUCGAUGGACAAAAAAGAAUCCACAGAUUGUAACCCCAAAAAGGAUUCUGACGAUAAGGACAAUGACGAUGAAGUUAUUCAAUUAGAUGCCUCGAGCUUAGAUGAAAGUUACACAGAACCAUCCGUCUUAGUCGAAAAACAUUCAGAUAUGGAGUUGAACACUAAGGAAACGGAGAAAUGUAAUCAAAAUCAAUCUGACGAUGAGGUGAUUUCGUUAGAUUCCUCAGGCAUUGCUGAGCAAUGUCCUUUAAAAGAAGAUUCAUUAAUUGAAGAUCCAAACGAUGAUUCCAUUAUAGAGGGUAUCGUAAUAGAAGACAAUGAUGUAAAAGAAUGUGUGUCUGAAGAGUCAUCUAACCAAAAUGAAGUCACUGAACCAGCAAAUCAUAUUUCAAUUAUAACUGAAGAGCCAUCCGAAAAGGAAAUCUGCCCUAAGAUAUCAACUGUAAACGCUGCAAUCUCUUCACCACACCAAGUGGAAUCACAAAAAAUGUACGAACAAAUAAAUCAGGUAGAAACUCUCAUAGGGUGUAACACAUCUGUACCCGCAGUAAUAAUAAAUUCAUCAAGUCCCAAUGGGGAACUUCUUAAUGCUUCUUCGGAACGUGACAUUGAGCUUCCUAUUCCAAAAGUGGAAGACGUAUCUGAUGCAAUGCCAGAUUUUCCAUGUGCUCAAGAUGGCGGUGAAAUAGAAAAGGUUGAUAUUAUGUCAGAGGACAUUGCCAAAGACCAGCAACCUCAGCCAGGAGACCCAGCUAGUUCUAGCUCUACAGGCCACGAACCUGAAUCGACAGUACCUCACGAUGAUGCCGUUGAUAAAAUAGAACCUGCCCCAUUCAAUUCUACUAAUUCUUCUGUGGUACCUUCAGAAAACGAGCCACAAGAAGUAGUCAGUAUUAAAGAAUCUGCCGACUUCACAAAAUCAAGGGAAGGUGGAGACGCUACGGAUAAUAUACAAGAAAAAUGCAAUUUACCAUCGGAACGAGAUCAAGAGCAAGAAGAUGGAACACAUAUCAAGCCAGUAUCUGAAGAUAAAUCUCUAACAAAAACAGAGUCCAAUUCUGCAGUUGAUUCGGAUCAGGAAAUGUUAGCCGUUAAAGAUGAUGCUAGGUGUAGCCAGGAAAAACCAUCUGAGAAGUCUAUUCAUAGUACUUCAAAAGAUUCCAAAAGUAAAGAUCGAACCGACAUUAUAGUUUCCAGACUAACAAUAUCCCCCGAGCCCACGGAGAUGUCCGGACUUAUCAGCAAGCCUUCAAAACAAGAAGAAAAGUUGACGCAUGAAGAUGCAUCUAAGCCAGUAAAAAGAGUGACCAGAAAGGGAUCUGCUUCCGCGGAUAGUGCGACUGAGGUUGAACGUCCAAAAAGAGUGACGAGGAAACCAUCUGCUGAGGUUUUGGAAAUAGAAGACCAUGGAAGCGAUACUAAGCAAGAAGAUGAUCUCAGCAUUAAAUCUAGGGGACGAGCUAGAAAACCAUCAUCAGAUGUAAAUGAGGACAAAACGGAAGCUAUUACAGAAAAAAGAGGACGAGUACGCACUCCAUCCGUAGAAGUUUCUGAAACCACAGCAAAUGUCGAACAGAAAGAAAUCGCGGACCAUAAAUCUGAUGAAGCUCUUAAACCCAUCCUAGAAGAAGAACCAGAGCCAGAAGUUGAGAAAAGAAUCAAGUCAAAUGCAGAACAGGCGAUCAUCAUAGACAAACCCAAAAAACGAUUAAGGAAGGCAUCUUCAAAGGAAUCGGAUACUCCAUUGGAUAAUAAAGAAAAAAUUAAUACGGACUUAGAAGUUGCCAACGAACCUGGAAGUACUCAUUCGAAUUACAGCGAGCAACGAGAUGUUCCAGAGCCUUUUGUAUCGACAACUAAAUCAGAGGUGGAAGGCGAUUUAGAAGGUAAAAUAGAAGUGCAUGAAACCAACCAGAAACAGACCACUAAAGAACGACCCAAAAGACGCGGAAGAAAGGCAUCUGCUAAUGAAACGGACGACGCAUCCGAGAAAAUUGAAAAAGCUGAAGAUCAUUUGAAGGCCAUUAACAAAGAUGGAAAGUUAGCAGUUGUUUUACCUACUACAAGCAAUGAAAUAGAGAACACAAAUACAGAAAUUGUAGCAGACUUAGAGCUAAAGCCAAAAAGACGGGUGCGGAAAGCAUCUGCAAAGGAAACAAACACGACGUCGGACAAAAAGGAAAAGACUUUAGAUAUUUUAGCACCAGUCAUAGAAGUUGAACCCUCGCUGUCCAGUAAAGAGAAUUCGGAUCACUCGGAUUCAAAGGGGCCUGCACCGGUUGCUACUUUGAAUAUAUCCAAGGAAGAACAAGAUCCCGAUAAUGUGUCAAAUGUCUCAUCGGAAAACAGGGCGCCUAAGGAGUCAAAGAAGCAGGAAGAUGUGUCCAAAGAGACAGGUAAAACUCGCGCAGAGAGACCAAAGCGAAGACUUCGCAAGGCAUCCGAAGAUAUAGUCAACGAAGCAAAUGACGCACAUAAUCCUGAAACGGAGGAGGCUUUGGCUUCCGUCCAAGAGGAUCACUUAAAUCUAGCUGAUCAAGAAUUGCCGAAAAAACGUGCACGAAAAUCAGCAGAAUUUAUGGUCGCAAAUGUAGAGGAGCAUACUAAGGAAGAACACGUUGAAAGACCGAAGCGUAGAGGACGCAAGCCUUCUCAAGACAUUGAUCAUGUUUCCCAAGAUGUUCUGGAAAAACCAAAGCGGAGGGGUAAAACACCAGCAGAUCGUGAAACUCACCCUCUGGGCGAUGAAAAGCAGGAGCCAUCUUUGCCAGUUGUAGAGCCUGCGAAGAAGACCAGACGUAAUGCACGCAAAGCUUCUGCGGAAACUGUUGAAGCCGUUUCAACUAGCGGCGAAGAGCAUCUUGCGCAAAUAAGAGAAGAGGCGACCGAGCCAGUCACAGAAUCAGAACCGGCACCAACUGAAUUACUUCCAGAUGAGGGUGAGGUAAACAAGACCCAGCGACGCGGUCGUAAGCCCACUUUGGAUACGGAUGAGGGGAUUAAAAAGACACCACCAGAGGAUCCAGCUCCGCUUCCCUCUCAUUCACGCAGACGUGGACGCAAAGCCACCGAGGAUGAGGCCUUACCAACUGCAGAUCUGGCUGUGCCGAAAACAAAGCUUCGUGGACGCAGGGCGUCCAUGGAGCCAGAACAUAAGGACGAGCUCCCAGCGGAGUCUAGUUCCGAUGUCGUGGAACUGCCAGCGGCCAAGACAACGCGCCGCGGUAGAAAGCCAAGUGUAGAUAUGAAAGCGACCACACCGGAGAAGAAACCACCAUCUCGACGUGUGCGCAAGGCAUCAGCGAGUGUCGAUGAGGAACAGCCAGUGGCCAAGAAAACGGCAAUACGUCGCGGUCGUAAAAACGAAGCUCAAGACGAGGAAAGAGAACAGAUCGACUUGCAGGACUUGCCUACCGAAAUUGCUUCGGCGCUCGUGGACACAUCGGGAUCCCCUUUGAAGGCUUCCGAUGCCGAAGAACUUACUCCACGCCGCCGAGAGGGACGCAACUUGCCACGUAAAAACUACGAGGAGGCACCGGACGAUGAGAAGCCGCAUUCAGGACUGCGACGGGCACGCAAGCCACCAGCGGCAAGCAAGGCCCUGGCCAACAAGGCGUCAGAGCCAGAUCCAGUUACACCUUUGCCCGUAACCAAUCAACCACCCGUGAAAGCAGACGAUACACCCGACAACGCAGCUUCUCUUCCGGAGCCCACGACCUCGCAGCGACGCGAAGGACGAAACCUACCGCGCAAGAACUACACGGAGGAUCUGGACGACGAAAAGCCUACACCGGCUCGUAGUCGCCGCGUACGCAACCUGACUGCAAAGGCGCUGGAAUUAAUUGUGGACUCUUCACCGCGGCCAGCGACUCCGAAACGGCCGAAGGGCAAGGCAGCCAACUCUGAGGAGCCACCGGCAAAGAAGGCCACCCCAGAAAUUCCAUCAACAACAGAAGCGUCUGGGCCAGAGCAUGAGCCGAUCCCAGCAACCAAGGGGCGUGGAACUCGUCGAAAGGCCGACGACAGCGAUUUGGAGAAGCCGGAUGUCAAAACAGCCAAAAAGACCGUACGCGGCGCGGGAGGCAAAACCAAAGCCGAGACUGAAACGGAGAAGCAACCACCCAUCAAAAAGCCGCGAGGCGGAGCUCGUGCCAAAACACCAUCGGAGGAGGCUCCUCAGGAGGAGGAACAGGCAAAGAAGCCUGCCCCUCGCAGUCGAGCAAAAAGCGCCAAGGCAGUAGAACCGGAGCAGCCCGCCGAGGAACCCCAAGUCGAAGCUCCUCCCGGCUCCUCUACAUCGACGGCGGCAGUUCGAGGUGGCCGAGGCCGGAAGGUACACUUUGAGACCGCGCCGGAGACCUCUGCUGUUGAGGGUGCGCCACAGCGCGCAACUCGGUCACGACGAAAGUAAUAUCACAUCUAUUUCAUUCAUAAGCUUUGUACUAAUCUGUAUAAUUUUUUGAUUUAGUUUUUAAUCUAAAAUUUAAAUGAACUAAUUUUACGUUAACUUGUGUAAAAAAAAAAUUCAUUUAUAUAUUAAUUAAUGAAUGCGUGUUAUUUUUUAAUUUUUCUUGUUAAUCAACCCAUUUCGGUGGGAUAUCGUUGGAAUGGCUCCCCUUGCUCAGAACAAAAACUAACCUUAAUAGAUUUAAGGCAUUUAAAAAUAUUAAUACAUAUAUAUACAUAGUUUAUCACUUAAGGCAUUAUCAGAACUCCCAAAAAUAAUAAAGUUUCGUAAACCAA